UGUACAGAGAAGCAUAUGCCUCCUGUCUGUACAUAUAUGUUUAUAUAUAUAUAUAUAUACUGCAGGCCGAGGCAGUGUACUGCAGUCACACACACACACGACUAGCAGGCAGCACGCAGCACCAAUCUCUGUGCUUGCCUACAGCAGCAGUAACAGACAGAGUAGCAAUGGUGCGGAAGCCCAUCCACGCUGACGCCGGCGCUAAUGGCACGGAGGCGAACAAGGAGAGGAAGGGCUUGUGGUCGCCGGAGGAGGACGAGCGGCUCUUCACCCAGAUCACCUACCACGGUGUCUCCACCUGGAGCUCCGUCGCGCAGCUAGCAGGGCUGCGGAGGAGCGGCAAGAGCUGCAGGCUGCGGUGGAUGAACUACCUGCGCCCGGACCUCAAGAAGGAGCCCAUCUCCAAGCGCGAGGAGGAGACCAUCAUCUCCUUGCAGCAGUCGCUUGGCAACCGGUGGUCGACGAUCGCGGCGAGGAUGCCGGGCAGGACGGACAACGAGAUCAAGAACUACUGGAACUCACGCAUCAGGAAGCGCCUCAACGCCGCCAGGGACAGCACCGCCAAGCCAGCUCCGGCGCCGGCCGUGGGAGGGGAGGAGGGUUCGGCCAAUGCUGCGCCGCCACCUGCGGAUCAGCACGUGCCUAUCCCGGCGCGGUUUCCUGUGUUCGGGUGCCAGCUGCUCGACCUCGACGGAGCCGGCGGCGGCAUGUCAUCUGCCGGCAGCGGCAGUGGCGAGAGUCCCCAGUCGUCGACUACUACUAGCACGCAGCAGAACACCGGAGACGAGAGCGAGGCCAGCGUCGGCGGCAACAGUAGCGGCGGCGGCGGCGGUGACGACAUCAACAUGAUCCAUUUCCUCUCGUUCGAUGAUCUGGAUUAUUAUCCCGGGGAUUUGCUCAUGGAUGUGCCGGGCGCCAUGGACGCAUGGGAGAGCGAACUCUACUCUGCGAAUUCGAUGAUGAGCUCUCUCUGUUGAUCCAGUGCCAAUAAUUGCAUAGCACAACCAUUGUCUUGUUCCCGCCAAUCAUAUAUAGGCUGUAUGAAUUAUAUUCAUGUGAAAUUUUCGCUAUGGUUUUUCGGACAAGGAAUGCAUGAUAACGUGUGGGUUG